AUUUGUUCCUUAUAUCUUUACAUUUUGUUUAAUUUUAGUUUAUAUUUUAAUUCCCGUUUUAUCAUCAGGGUAAAUAUUGUAUCUGUGCAUACAUUUUCAUGCUAAUCCGAGAAGGUAGUAACAAUUGUUGGUAGUAGUGGUAAGUAGUAGAGAAUGUGAUUGAUAUUAUAAAGUACAGCUGAAUUGUGCAAUGCAAUAGUAUAAAUAUAGACAAAAUAAUUAUUUAACUGCACGUAUAAAUAUUACUUAAAUCCAUACUUUAUAAUAAAUCAUUUUUUCUAUGAAAGUUUCUUUCUACGUGAAAUCAUAAAAAUAUCAAAUUUCAAUUUUAAAUAUUUUCAAAAUUGCAGAUUAUUUUGAGGAUUAAUUAUUCAAUUGAACAAUUAAUGUAUCAAAAGGAAAUAUUGAUUGAAACAGUGUAUGUAUUCUAGGCUCAAUUCGAUUUCCAUCGAUUGUGAUUUUCGGUAUCUGCACAUCCCUUAUUAGUGACUUAAUUUAAGCGAGCGUAAUUUUUUUGUGUUGAUUAAAUGUACUUACAGAAGUUUAUAAUUUUUAAUAUUAAUCAUUUGGUUUGUUAGUUAAAAGAAGAGAAAUUGCCUGAAAAUUAUUUUUAACGGUUUGAUAGUAGAAAUCAGUUGUUAUAUUACUUGUAUAGUUUAUUUCGUAAUUUUUACCUGAAUAUUUUUUUAUACGCAUUUUUGUACCGAUCCAAAUACAUUUAGUUUGGAACAAUAUAAGAAAAUCUUCCACGUUAGCGAGUAAGAAUAGUUAUCAUAGGGUUAACAAGGAUAGCGUUCGAUAAAAAAUUAUACAUAGUGACAGUAAUGGUACAAGUAUUUGCGAAGUACUUUAACAUUUUUUAUACCUUUCGGAUAUUCGCUUACGCAGUAACUCUCUGUGAUCAGUUUCAUACAAGUCGUUGAACUACAAGUUAAUUACCUUGCAGCCUAUUUUUCCUUUCCAAGUGAUACGUUUAAUUAAUACCCUUAAAUAAUGCAUAUGCCAACGAAAUUGGCAUUCCUGUCAUUACUUGUCACAUAUCUUUUAAAAAUAUGACACUAAUGACAUAUUUAAGGGUAUCAACGGAAGAAAAGUAUGUAUUUAUGUUUCUGAUCAUUAAUGUUGCAAAGAGUUUGAUGAACUUUUUAUUGGCGAGAGAUCAAGUUCCUAGGUAUUUACAUAAUUUAUUCAUUUCAUAGUUAUUGAUACACUGACUGACAUUAUGUUUCACAGUUGUAUACACGGAAUGUGAGAUUUGCGUUAACGUACCUAAUCGACAUUAGGUAAUGAAGUUUCUCAAGGUGGUAGUAAAGACUUAUUUUCAUCAAAAGCAUCACUAUUCUUUGAAAUAAAAAUCAUUAUAUACAAUACUUUCUCAAGCUUUUUUUGCCAAUCUUCUUUUUUUGCAUAUCGUAGUUUUUAUGUAUACUUAUUAACUACUAAGUAACUAUUCAUUUAACCCUCUAACUAAACACAAGGCGUCGCAAUUAAUUCGUUUUAAAAAUAAGGAGAUGGAUUGUCCAAAGCAAGAAGUAUGUCGGAUCAACCAGCACCCUGUCCACUGUGCGGGGCAAUUUUACGCCAGUCGCGAAAUUUAAGAAGACAUUUGGAGCUUCUACACUUCGGAUUUGGUAGCAACAGUAAAUCCGCUGUUCAUGCGAGACAUCGCAGAACUGACAGGGCAAAGGAUCUCGUACGAUCCACCUUAGCGUUUAUUUGUCCGCCGCAUAUGACGAGGACGGAUCACUCAAGAAGCGAGAACACUGAUUUUUCGACAUCCCUACCUAUUGCUUCAACACUCACUUCCAGUGUUGCAGGAAGUUUGACAGGACCAAGUUUGAAUACAGUUGCAACCGGAGAUCAGAGUACGAAUUCUGCGCUACUUCCAACUGCAACUUCGUGUGCCACUUCUACGACUUCUGUUAAUAGUGGAAUAUAUUCGUCAGAUGCUAGUGUUAAUAUGUUCAGUUGUGUGUCACCUUCGCCAUCAUCUAUGCCGCCUCUCUUCUCUCAGCACGACGUGUUCCGAUAUGGUGAAAUGUUACGAGCUGGUCUUGCGUAUCACGAAUUCUGAAGAUAGUAUGUCAAGCAAAUGCAGCAAACGGAUGUUACUUCACCUUCUUCAAUUUAAAACACUUUCCUCUUAACCUGUUAAGUAUGCAAUUUAGUUUAAAGAAUGUCCCGUUCUGUGCGCAAUAAAAUAAAAAAAUGAAGCGUAUGCUUGUCAAACGCAGGACGAAUGUACUUAGGUUAUAUUUUAAUAAAAAACCAAAGCAAAAUAAAGAAGAAUUACACGUUUAUCUGAAAAAAUAAAUAAUUCACCGUCGAAAGGAUUAUAUAUCAUUUAUCAUUAUAUAGAUUAUAUAUUAGAUAUCAUUGUAUCAUUUCAAGCUUUAAGAUAACGUGUAUACUUAUCAAAUGUAGUUAACUGAUUAACACAUUCCAUGCCACGUGUACUCUUUAUAGUAGACGCGCAAUUUUUGUAAGGGAAUAUUUUUUGUGAGACAUGUGUCAAAGAAUAGUGGUACACGUCGGGAAAUAACAAAAACGUAAAGAAAUAAUAUCAAAAUAUCUUAAAAUCAGUAAAAGCUUGAAUGUAACUUAAUCUAUCAUUUAAAAAAUCAGUGCACUUUAUAAGUAAGAUAUAACCGAAAUUUCCGAUGGCACGGAAUGCGUUAACCAUUCUAAUAUAUAACAUCAGUGUAACAUUCUUGAUUUAAGUGAUUGCACGAAAUGAAAAUUAGUUUACUGCUCUAAAACUCAUUAUCUCAUAUUUUUAUGAAUUAUUUGUAAAAAGUAUAAGAUAAACGCAAUUCAAUGUAUCAUUUGAAUUUAGAGAUUCGUAGUUAAUAAUUUUGUGAUAUUUAGAUUAAUAGUGUUAAUCGCGAGAACACGUGUCUUUUUGUUUAGUAAAUUUAAUUAACAUUAUGAUUUUUAAUUGUAAAUCAUAUAAAAUUGAGCGGUUGGAAAAUUAUUUAAAUGGAAGUCCAAUUGAAAAAUUGUGAGUUAGUAUUUCUAUAAAACUUAUGGAAAUGAUCAUCCAAUGGAGGUAGAAUGUAAUGACGUGUGAAAAAGACUAAUAAUUUGUUUGAUGAUGAAGAUAUUAAAAGAAGCCGUGAAAGACUGAUCAAAAGCAUGCUAAAUCGUAUUAAGAACAAAAGAACUCAUAUUAUAUACGAAAU